UUAUUGACAUAAACAAAGUCUAUUUUUUUUAUAUGAAAUUGUUUUAAUUUUUUUGAAGUAAACGCAAAAAGCCAUUUGGAUAUUAAAUUUUUUUAAAUUAUUGUGUUGGAUAAAUAUUAUGUUUAAGAACACUUUCCAGUCUGGAUUUUUAUCAAUAUUAUACAGCAUUGGAAGUAAACCUCUGCAAAUAUGGGACAAAAAAGUAAGAAAUGGCCACAUUAAGCGUAUCACAGACAACGACAUACAAAGCUUAGUCCUCGAAAUAGUUGGAACUAAUGUGAGUACGACAUUCAUAACAUGCCCGGCGGAUCCAAAAAAAACUUUGGGUAUAAAAUUGCCAUUUUUGGUAAUGAUUAUAAAAAAUAUGAAAAAAUAUUUCACAUUUGAAGUUCAGGUAUUGGAUGAUAAAAACGUCAGGAGACGUUUUAGAGCAAGCAACUAUCAGUCAACGACACGUGUUAAACCAUUUAUUUGCACAAUGCCCAUGCGAUUAGAUGAAGGGUGGAAUCAAAUUCAAUUCAAUCUAUCUGAUUUUACGAGAAGGGCGUAUGGUACCAAUUACGUCGAAACAUUGAGAGUACAAAUACAUGCAAAUUGCCGCAUUCGGCGAGUUUAUUUCUCCGAUCGUCUUUAUUCUGAAGAUGAAUUACCGCCAGAAUUUAAAUUGUUUCUGCCAAUUCAAAAACCGGUUCAAAAAACUACGGCCCAGGCUAUUUGCAGUUAAAAAAAAACUAAUUAAUUUUCUAUAUUGACAUUAUAUCAAAAAUAACAAAUUAAAUUUUUUCACAUCUUUUA